CAUAGUGAAAGAAAAGAAAUUGAACGGAAGGAGCUGGGGUCCAGCCAGGUGGAAGAGACAAUAGGGAAGAAACUUGCAUUAACCUCUUUCCACAAAAAAACCCUAAUUUAUUCAUCCCACUCCUGCAAGGCGAUGAUCCUCUGCCAGUUCGGGAUUUUUCGAAAUUAACUGUCCCCCACAUUAGCGCCAUUGUACCUCCAUUUUCUGUCAGAGCAGUGGCACUUUUAACCCUUUCUCUUCUGUCAGCCUGGCCCAGUCUCCUGCCAGAAAUGCACUGCCGCAAACGCCUCAAUGAAACCACUAGGAUCUGACUGUUCCAGAAAGAGUGAAUACUUUGCCUUUAUGAUUUCCCUUUGUUCGUUACUGCAAGUUUAAAACUGUCUCCCACAAAUCUACAACGCAAGUUGGUAUAAACCGUGACUACCAUCAAUUACAUUUUAUAUCGUCCUCAAGGAAGCACCUGUCAUGCAGUAAUACUAAAGACUUGUGUGCUUACAGGCAACAAACACAUUAACAGUUUUUAUUGCAAUGAAUAACUUCCUACAACAAGACAUGUAAAAAUCUUUAUCUUUCACAUAGAAGAAAUAUCCUCAAAAAAAUUUUUUUGUUCUCUAUUGAAGUUCUCAGAUAAAAUAAUUGCACUUCUAACAAUGGCAUCCUUCCCUGACAUAUUGCGCUUCCAGCUUCCUGGCCAUGAAGCAGCCACACUCCGCAGCAUGAACCAACUUCGUUCAGAGGAGCGGUUCUGUGAUGUUACUGUUCUUUCCGAUGGUCUCAAAUUCAGGGGCCAUCGUGUGGUGUUAGCAGCUUGCUCACCCUUUCUCCGAGACCAGUUCCUGCUUAAUCCAGGCUCAGAACUUCAGGUCUCCCUUAUGCAUGGCCCCAGGGUUGUGUCAGACCUUCUUCUUUCCUGCUAUACAGGCCUCCUGGAAUUCUCAGUGAGAGACAUUGUGAACUAUUUGACAGCAGCCAGUUACCUACAAAUGGAGCAUGUUGUAGAGAAAUGUCGUCAAGCCUUGUCUCAGUUUAUUGAGCCAAAGAUCGGACUGAGGGACCCUAGCAAGGCUAUAACGUCCCGCGGUGCCCCCUCAACAACAUCAACAACACUGCAUCCUGUUUGUUCUACUGAGAACCGCAGGUCACUCAAGACUGAGAUAAAAGCAGAUGAUGAGCUUGAGGAAGAAAUGUUUUUGAUGGCAGAAGAGGAGGAAGAAGAUGAUGAAGACGAAGAAGGGUCAUCUUCUGAUAUUUGCAUUGUAAAAGUAGAAUCAGGAAUGGGUGGAGGAACAGGAAAAGGAGGAGUAUUGUGGAGGAAAAGAGCUGAGGAAAAAAACCUCAGGGCACAAUCUGAAGAGGGCUUAGUGAAUUCUACUGUAGAAGGAAGUGAGCCUGGAGAGAGUAUCAUGCAGCAGGGAGGUACAAUGAAAGCAAUCUACAGUGAUGAGGUGGAAGGGGGAGAGGGGGUGCUCAUAAUCCCGAGCAGCUAUCAUGAGGAGGAAGAUGAAGAGGUUUUUGAUGGAGGGGCCAGUGGAUGCCAGAGCAGUGUGGUAGUGGAUGGAACUUCAAGAAAUCCUCUUGGUGAUUUAGGAGGAGUUACAGGAGUAGAAGCAAUGGUUAUUGGGGAUGCAAGACUGGGAAACAGAAGAUCAGUAAAGUGCUGUAAAUGUGAAGAGAUUUUUCAGGGAGUUGAGAAACUUGUUUUCCACAUGCGGGCUCAGCAUUUUGUAUUCAUGUGCCCUCGAUGUGGAAAGCAGUUUAACCACAGCAGCAACCUUAAUCGUCACAUGAAUGUUCACAGAGGGGUAAAGUCCCAUUCUUGCCAUAUAUGUGGCAAAUGCUUUACACAAAAGUCCACACUACAUGACCACCUUAACCUGCACAGUGGUGAAAGGCCAUACCGCUGCUCAUACUGUGAUGUAAGGUUUGCCCACAAGCCAGCAAUUAGACGUCACCUUAAAGAGCAGCAUGGGAAGACCACAGCCCAAAAUGUAUUGGAAGCAGGAGUAUCUGACAUAAAAGUGUUGGUGACUUAAGGACUUUCUGGCAAUUUCAGUGAAUGAAAGCAAAAUCUGACAGGACUAUAAUGGAAGACAAAAAUGUGUGCUUACAGGACACCAUGAAAGAACCUCUGUUGUGCUGAUCUGCUAAGUUACAUUUUUUAGACUUAGGGUUGACCUAUUUUUAAUAAUUUAUCUUUACACUGAUUUUUACCAAUUUACACCUGUAGGACUUAAUACAUGACAAUUCAAAAGACUAUUCAAACCACGAGUUUUUAUCCACUUAUUUUUAAGCUCCCCCACCUCUUUUUUUCCCACUUUCACAUUUGCUCUAUAAUAACACUGGGCGUUGCUCUUUUAAUAAAAUGUUUUUAUCUGAAAUUAA